AUGGAUUGUUGCAAUUACAUGGACUACCAGCUACAAUCGAUAUAUAACUAUAAUCGUACACAGUAUAACGAUACUGGUGCAUAUCAUUCGUCAAAUGGAUAUCAUAAUCAAGUUCCACCAACGUAUUGUUCGUAUAACAGUUUUGGAUCGAAUAGUAACGGAUAUCAUUAUCCAUCUACAGGACCAAAUCAUGUUCAAAAUCAUCAUGCAGCAAAUUUUAAUGAAUAUUCACAACGAAGUUAUUAUAAUGAUCGAACAAAUUCAAAUUAUUUACAUUACGAUGGUGGACCAAUCCGGGGUGGACAUGCCCCACCUCCACCGCCCCCUCCACCAUUACCACCAUCCUCAGGAGGGCCACAUUUAUUUGGGGCGAGUGCAUCGUCAUCAUCAUCAUCAUCAUCGAAUGGAACAACAGCAGGCGCAACAGAUUAUCAGUAUAAUCCAAAGGAAGCUCGCAUCAGAAAAGCUCAAAGAGAUGCCCUUAAAGUGGCACAACGACAAGCAGCCUCAGCAGUACCAUUAUUACAAUCACCAGGUUAUUCACCUUUAUCAAACACGUCCAGAUUAGAUAUGAAUUCUACAUCACCAAUGCAGCAAUUUAUUCCGGCCUAUACAUCUCAACAAACACUUGGUCAGAAUGUUGGCAGUAUUAGUGGAGGUGGAAUAAUAAAUACUGGACCUUCUCCAUUAGGAAGUCGAUCACCUGCAAUAGUUUUAUCUAAUACAACAUCUCGAAGACCACCACCACCUGCCUAUCCGGGCUUAGCACGCCAACAAAGUUUUCAUCAUGGAUUAGAACCAAACCAUAGGGAAUACGGAAUGGGAUAUGGCGAACCAAAUUUUAAUCCAUUACCAAAUAUUUACUCAAAUAACCAAAAUAUUUCAUCACCAUCAGAAUCACAUACAAGUGGAAUGUUUGACUCUCAUUAUCAAAAUAGCACACCUAUGGAAUCGGGAUUAUGGAACGGAAUGUCUCAAAGUACUAAUAUGUGGAAUUCUCAAAAUUUUGAUUUACAAAGACAACAUUCAUUAAACGAUUAUUCUCCAUUUCAAUCACCAGCUGAACAACAUUCAAGAAAUCAAUUAAUUCCAGCCACAUCUACUCCCACACCUGGUACCAAUUUAGAUGAUCCAAGUAUGUUUAAUCACUCGGAUUUUCCAGCAGAUGCUUAUAAUUAUCAGAAGAAUCAACAUCCUUUAAAUAUAUUAACGCCAAAAGAUUUAAACAGAUCAAUAAAAACGGAAAAUCAUAUCGACAAUUCAAUAGUCCCUACCAAAGAAGAUUUAUCAACAUCGCAACGAAUCAUCGAACAAUAUCCUCCUCGUACAAAUACACCUAUGCCAUCAUUACCUUACAAUCCAAACUUGUAUAAACAUGAAACCAUAUCACAUGUGGCAUCUUCAUAUCAUCCAAAAAUGUCACCAAAACUACAUUCAGACGAAACACGAAUGUCACCAUACAAUCGACCAAAUCAUUCGCCAAAAAAUGGUUCAAAAGAUUUAAUACAUUAUCGAAUAUCACCAAAAAUAUUUGACAAUAAAAUGUCCUCGUCGCCAAAAAGUCAAAAAUCACCAAAGUCUCACAAACACGGCAAUACAUCACCAUCCGCAUUUAAAUUUGAUUCAUCUAGAAAAUCACCAAAAGCUCAAAAUAUUGUAAAUGGUGGUGGUCAUACGCAGGAAGUUAAACGUGAACCAUCUCCAGAAAAACAUCCGUUGCCAGCUUUUUCGAAAGCUUUUAGUGGUACAGAAAGAGGGCGAUUAUUAGCGACACCUGAGAAUACAAAUCUUAAUUUGGUUGGCGCUACUUCAGAUACGUCUGAUUCAUUAACAUUUCCUUCAAAAAUCACAGCAGAAACACAAAAGAAGGUUCUGGAUUUAGUAGUAGCCAAUGAUUAUUUAAAUAUACCUAAAUGGAAUGCAAAUAGUAUAGUAAACUUUGGAGUACCGCCCAAUUAUGGAUUAUUUACUCAUGGAUUAGUUCCACCGAUACUUUAUGAUUUAAAUUGUAUGAACCUUUAUGAAGCAGGUCCAAAUAAUAAUAAUAAAAAUAAAUCCCCUAAGCUACAAGCUUGUUUUGGACCCCAACAUGAAAUUUUCACCACAUCUGAUGUUGCAGUUAAAUAUUAUAGUGGUAUGUUUCAACAUAUGAAUUCCACUAUAAAUGCGACUCCACAAGUUCCAUUGAUGGGCGUAAGUAAUAUUAACACGGUAUUACAAAACAAGGAGCAGACUGAUCCUAAAAUGGUAUCCACCACCGUGAUAAGUAGUACGGAUGAUAUAAUUGAUAUUGCUGCUGAUGAUGAUUAUGUAAUUAGUACCACCACAUGUUAA